AUGUGCGACUACGAGGAAUUCAUUUGGUCCUGUGAGCACUCAGACUUCCGGCUCAAGUCAUACUGCCAUAAAGCCCGAAACAACCCGGGCCACGCCUGCAACUUUGUAAAGCGGCUACGCCAUUGCUGGGACCAAGGCCGUCCAUGUGACGCUUGUCUUGCAAAGCAGGCAGCUGAGGCCCACGCCCAGAUGAUGAGCGGUUGGUACGGGUCCAGUCAAGGCGGUCGAGCCUAG